AUGGAUCGACUUCCAUUGAUCGUAGUCGCUCUCAUCGCCGCUCUGGCUGCGGGUGUUAGUGGCGAUGACCUCAGUGUGGUGAACGUGCCUUCGGGUGUCACGACUGUGAUGCUUGACGGCCGUGUGGAGCUUAAAGUGGAUACGUGGGUGCCUCCAAAUGCCCCACCGAUGUUCGUGGAUCUUAAGCUAACCGACAGCAAUGGUACCAAGAUGGACUCGCUUGUAGUGCCGAGAACACUGAUCUUCACACACGCAGAAAAUGCCUCGAAACCAGAAAAGCAGAAACAGAAAUUCUCAUUGUUUGGCAAAGUUCCAGGGCGGUUCUACUUGGACUACGGCCUGGGUGGCACCGAUGUCGACGAGUAUUAUCGUCUUGGGGCAGAACGAUCGGUAGUUUCCAUCGCUGCAGGGAGGGAAGAAGGGUGGCAAGGGAUCUGGUUCCAAUUACUAUUCAACAGUGUGAUUUUCCUCGUAGGAAUUUCAUUUUUUGCUUGGAGACGACUGCAAAAAUUCGAUCUGCCCAUGUGGAUGGGGCACCAGGAAGCUCUGUUUGAACGCAGCAACUACGACGACAUCUCGCCUGAUGUGUUUAAUGCAAAGUAUGGCGAGCUGCAGGGUCCAACAUGGAAAGAACGGAUGAAAAAGUUCUGGAAUAUUUCGAGUAGUGGGGACUACGUGAGCUCUACGUGUGGAAUUCCAGCGGCACUUAUCAUGAACUUUUACAGAGAUUGCGGGCAUUUGUUUGUAUUCCUCAGCUUCUUCAGCCUUGCUGCGAUGCUCCCAGUGAAUUACAUUCCAGGUAGUGCUCGUGGUCAGAAAGGUGGAGAUACGUAUCAAGCCACGACGUUCAGCAAUGUGCCGCUGCAUAGUAAUUGGUAUUGGGCUCACGUGGCUUAUUGCUACUUAGUAGCGUUUGCGGUGCUCAGGCUCUUAAGAAGACAACACGAAGUCGCGUCGACGCUACGCAGAAGAGCGAAACAUAUCGUUGGCGCUCGAAGUAUCUUCAUUCAGCAUGGACUGCCACUCGACACGACACACACUUCGUUACUCGAGGCGCUUCGUACGGCAAUGCCUUCAGACGGUUCAGUACAUGAGAUCACGGUACUACGGGACCUCAGUGCAGUGCACGAGCUACUCGACCGACGAAAGCUUCUUUCGGAAACAUUGAGUCGGAUCCUCGCAUUUGACGAGGCCUACGAGAGUGGCACGUUGUCCUACAACUUGCUGUGUUGUCCUGGAUCGGUCAUGGCUCCAGAGCCGCUGGAAGUGGCGUGGUGGCACUUACGUUGCAAACCUGGUCGCUACGUCUAUCGACACGGCAAAGUGACCGACUGCUUUUGCUACUGCUGCACGUGUUGCUGUCCGAAACACAGUCCACGACUGAAGGUCAAGCGUGGCAGUAGAUCGGACAGUCAAUACGAAACCGCGUACGAGAGUUUGGUGGAUGACAACGCAGUGGAAGCGUACGACCGAACUGCAGCACGACAGAUCUUCGCUCUAAGAGAGGAGCUCGAUUUCUUCCCUGAAGACGCAUUAGAGGAGUUUGGCAAGAGGAAAUGUAUGGGUGCAGCCUUCGUCAUCUUCGACUCCACAGCUACACGCAACGCCUUUGUCCGCAAUGUCCGUGGCCAAACCUGCGUCGGUCGCUUAGUAAACACUGCUGAGUCUCUCUCACGACGAGGAUUUCGAGAGCGACCACUAGCUUCGCUGCGGAGACCGGAACGUUCCGUGUCGGAAGACCUCGCUCCUGUGCUCCGAAAAGUAGUUCUGAAGAGCGCACCGGAGCCUGACGAUGUCAUCUGGCAGAGUCUCGCGUAUCGACCGUACACUGUUCGUCGAGUAGUUGUCUUCUGGCUACGUCAGUUGGCUACAUUGGCUAUGCUGCUUCUGUUCUCCACCCCCACAGCAGUGCUCAUGUUCAUCAAGCUCGAUUCAAACAGCGACGUGUAUCGAGGCCUGAAUCACCGCAACACGUUCCUACUCACCAUGGUGGCUUCGUAUCUGCCGUCAUUGCUCUUGAUUGCCGUGAAUUGGUGUUUGCUGGCGUUCUUGUAUCAACUGACAAUGUCCGAGCCUUCCUUCAGCCACUCUCGUCGCGUUAAGAGCUUCCUCGUCAAAGGUUUCGCUUACCUAGUUGUGAGCUCCGUGAUCUUACCAAGCAUCGGUGUGACGGCAGUGUAUCUGGCUCUGUCGGAUCUCGAGAAGACUGGCGGUCGCUCGUACAUCGAGUCGUUCUUGUACAAAGUGUCGGGCACGUUCUUCAUCUCGUAUGUUUGUCAGCGUACUUUUCUCGGUGGGAUCGUCGACAUAACUCGAUGUGCAGAUACAAUGGCGUUGCAGCCUUGGAUUCAUUCCCGUUCGAUCACUUCUCUGGAGAUCCAAAAGGCGCUUCGGCCAAGUGCCUUUCCCUACGGCCACGACUACGCACUCGUGUUGAGUGUCUUUCUCGUGGUCUUGCUGGGUACCGUGAUCACGCCUAUCAUCACACCAUUCGGCGCUCUGUAUUUCUACGUCAAGUUCGCCACUACCAAGUAUAAUGUCUUGUAUGUGCUUCCGUACAGUCCUGGACGUGGUCAUAUCGCGGGAACGGCUCUGGAGCUCACGUUCGUGUGCUUGAUAGUGUUCGAAGUGGUCAUGUCGUUCGUGUUCCUGCAAGUUGCUGGUCGGCAACAGUUCGUAGCGAUGAUCGUGUUGCUGGCAGCCACGAACGCCGUCUACUUCUCUCGAUUGUCGGGCGAAGACGCGUUUAGACUCGUUCAGCAAGGGUUUGCCGACUUACGAGGUGACGCCAGAGCGUCCGAGUACGCGUCGAUCUCUGUUCCAAAGCCACCAGGUUCCAGACGCUCCAUGUUCGGUCCGAAGCCCACGGAUCUGCAGCAUGAAGAAGCUCUCGUUGCGUCGUAUGCUGAUCCCUACAAGGCGGCGCUCUCCAUCUUCAAACUGCUGGAUGUCAACAAGUUCCAUCAGAUGACGUCCACUAAAACACAGCUUCGAUACGCCUUCAUCAAGCUGCGUCGCUGGUCUCAACGUCCGAUGCCUGAGCCGGAGCCAAUGAAGAGGAAGUGGUGGCAAUGGACCAACAAAGAGAAGACUGCGAAGACUUCAGGAGACAAGAUCCUUCGCGAGAAAGGCAAUCGAGGCUGGUGGCGACGACGUCAUAAGGAUAAACACGCUGAGCUCUGA